AUGGGAUCUACUCGGUCUGAUCAAGGUGCUGGAAAAGAGCGAUUGAAGUGGACCCAAGAGCUUCAUGAUCUGUUUGAGAAAGCAGUUAACCAGCUCGGUGGUCCUGAUAGGGCAACACCGAAGGGUAUAUUGAAGGCCAUGGGGAUAACAGGUUUAACUAUCUACCAUGUUAAAAGCCACUUACAGAAAUAUAGAAUGUCCAAGUUUGUCCCUGAAUCAUCAAGACGAGACAAGUCUGAGAAAAGAAGCCUAGCCGACAUUUUUCCAAAUUUCAGCGUAACAUCUGGUGCUCAGCUAAAUGAAGCUUUACAAAUGCAAAUGGAAGUUCAAAGACGAUUAAGUGAUCAGCUUGAGGUACAAAAGAACUUGAAGCUGAAAAUUGAAGCACAAUCAAAAUUUCUUGAGAAACUGACCGAAGAACACAAAAUUAGGCCAAUUAUGAGCAAAAUCAACAGUAGAUCUCCAACAUCUCUACCUUCUCUUUGUGACGUGUCUGAAACCAUAAUUAAGGACUUUGAAUCUGAUUCUGAAGUGGACACAAAUGAGAUGAGAGUGUGGCAAGAUCAAACGUUCACAAAGAGGUUUAGAGUUGAUGACGAUGAUCUUGCAUCCAGUCAAAGAUUUAAACGCCCUUUCCUCAGCACUCAAAGUAUUGUCGUUCCAAAGGGUGGCAAUUCAUUUCCAUCCCAAGACAACAUAUUUCCAUGGGGUUUAUCGUUUUGCCAAUCACCUUUGAUACCAACUUCGUUUAAUUCUUUUGGUUAGAAUGAAUGUCCAUUGUUGGCUUAUU